CUAUGUAGCUUAUAUUUUGAAGGUUGAUAACGGAAGUAGGUUGUUUCAUGUUGGUGGGCUUCACACUGGCAUGAGUUACAUGAGGUUCUUCGCAGCACAUAUCCAGUAGCCUCACCAGCAAACAGAUGGAUGACACAUUAUCAGAGGAGAAUGGACAGAAGUUACCAGAGCACAAGGAGAAGGAAGAGGAGAUGGAUGUUACCAUGACAACGCAACUCGAAAAUCUCAUCGUAACCCCCGCUGAUGUAGACACAUCAUCAAAUACAGGACAUCCAGAAGGACAUCCAGAGGAACCGGCAGCAACACUUUCUUUGGACAGUGUGUGUAUGACUGAGGACUGUGAAGCUGAGGAUUCAGAGGAUUCAGACAGCUCUUCUUCCUCCUCCUCCUCUUCUCCCUCUGCCCCUGUUGUUGGGGAUGAUGACGAUGACGAGGGUUUCAGCCAACCAGCCCCCAUCAAAACCAGAGAUGAAGUACUGCUCGAGGAGCUGCCAGCAGUGGAGGAGGUGUCCGUGUCGUUACCAGAAGAUGCAGAGCUGCAGCCUGUAGGCACAGUCUCCAGUAUUAUACAACAACUUGUUAUAAUCCAGUCUCUGAAAGACACGCCCCCUCUGACUGAUGACAGCAUCAUCUUUAGAUCUGAUAGGAUGGCUGUUGGCAAGGUGUUUGAGGUGUUUGGUCCAGUGUCCAGUCCGCUGUAUAUUCUGCGUUUUAGCUCUGUGGAGCAGAUAAGCAGCAAGGGGUUGACAGAGGGACUGACUGUUUAUUACACACCGGCCAUGAAAGAGUACACAAAUUACAUCCUCACACAACAGCUCAAAGUUUUAAAGGGAUCUGAUGCAUCCUGGAAGAACGACCAAGAACCACCAGCAGAGGCUUUAGAUUAUAGUGAUGAUGAGAAAGAACAGCAUGCUAAGAGGAAAGGGAAAAACGCCAGAAAGAAGAGGGCCAAUAACCAAGCAGAUAAUCCUGCCCACGUUACCCAGAACACCUUGCUGCAGCAGCGUAAUGUCAGGGGUUUCCCACCAAGACAUGCAGGAGCUCCCCCCAUGCAUCAGAACCCGAGGAAUCAACAGCCACAGUUCAGCCACACAGCAACCCCACACAUACACAGGCACACGCAUGGCCCUCCCAUGUACCUCCCCCCUCCCUGCUCCUACCCUCCUCCACCUCCUAACUUUUAUCCACCACCCAACUACCCUCUGUACCCUCCCCCUCCUCCCUCUUUUUUCAAUCCGUCUUUCUCCUCUCCUCGCUGGUCACCAAACUCUAUCCACUUCUCUGACCUCCCUCCUCCCCCACCUCCCCCUCUUCAUCCUCCUCCUCAGUGAUGCUCUCUGUACAUGUACACUGUAACCCCCCCACCCUCUAACUUCCCCCCCCCGUCCCCCAUCACUGUUUAUUAAACUGUACAAUCACUGAUGUUAAAAUAAAAACGCGGCCAACCACAUAUAAAUAUUAUUUAAAAAAUAAAUAAAAAAUCCCACAGCUCCAGACAAUUUUAACCAUCUAAAUGGAAAAUAGUCCCUGAUCUAUGAAUUUCUUUUUGUCAUAUUCCAAGUAAAUGGGACAAUUUCCCUCACCCCCUGCCCGCACAGGCUCACUGAAACAUUGUGAAGUGAACCUGAAAACGUAUUGCCACUCAACACUGGAAAAGCUGAAGCUUUAUGCAAAUGUGUGGCACCAGUCCUUCAUGCUUGCUUUGCCCGCUAACCACAAGCACAUUGUUGUUUUCUAUUCUAACAGAACGGAGACAAAGCUGGAUGUCAGUUGGUGGCUUCCUGAUUCUUUAAGAUUUAUAAUUUGAAUUAGCCAGCAGGGAAAUGUAUGGAAAUUAACUGGGAGUCGGUAUUUGAUAGCUAAGUUGUCCACCAGCAUAUUUAUAGAAGGCUUGUUGAACUAUUUUACAUUUGUAGAAUUAAGUGCAUUCUAAGCAGAUUAUGAAUGCAUGAAAACGCAUCACAGUGCAGCUACUUGUUGCUAAAUAUGUGUGAGGCUUAUAUACACAAUGGACAAACUGACUUAGUGGUACUUCCAUCACCACUGCUCCCUUUGGUUUUGGGUUAAUGAUAUUUUGAGAAAUAAAAUAUUAUGUUAAUAGAGAGGAAAGAAACAGGCAAUUUCCUCAUUUCCUCCUGGUUGUCGGUUGCUGCCGGGGUUAGCACUGUUCUGGGUUCAGACCUGCAGACUGUCAGGGACCUUUCUGCAUGUUCUCCCUGGGCCUGCGUGAGAAUCCUGUGAUUGGCAGGCUGGGCCCUCUAAAGCAUAACCAGCUUUAGCUGAUGUAUGGUUUAAGAUUGUCCUGCAAUUUCUUUUCUUUUAAAAUGUACAUUUAUUUGUUGUAAUUGCUGCAUAUGGAGCAACUUAAAGAUGGCAGAAAUAAUACACAGCUGUUUGGAGUCUAGCAUAAAAGACGUAAAGAAUUCAAACGUCUGUAUACGGCUAUGUAACAGUGGUACUCAGGCUUCAUUCUUUAAAUGUAUCCAGUGUGUGGUCCAGCCCCCGAUGCGCUGUCUGCAAAGACUGGAAAAGCACAGGAUGGGUCAGGUCUAGUGUCGACCUUCAAGGACUUGAUGUGCUGUGCAUUUGUUGAAAAGAAUCAGCUGAUGUGUCCUGUUAGGAUGUCACUCAUGUCAUUGUGUAUGUACUAUAUUUUUUUGUACCAGAAUGCUUUGUCAAUGUAACAUUUUCCACAUUAAAUGAGCUCAUCGAUCUUUGAUUAAA